AAGCUCAACACAUAGAGACUAGUAAACUCUUUGCUGUAGAAGUUAUUAGUAAAAGGUUCUUACAAGACCGAGAACAAAUUAUUCGUAAUGAAAUUUCUGAAUUGAAAAAAAUUUCUAAAGGUCACAAAAAUAUAUUAACUCUGCACGACAAUUUUGAGACUAAAAACAAUCUUUAUUUGGUCACGGAUUUGAUACUUGGCGGUGGACUUUAUGAUUUCAUCUAUGAAAAUGGUAGCUUUUUUGAACGUGAUGCGGUUGGUAUUGCUAAAAAUAUAACCGAAGCUAUUGCAUAUUUACAUGAUAAUGGUAUCAUCCAUAGAGCCAGAAACAUCCUCUUCAGAACGACUGAUAAAGAUUUUGAUCUUGUUGUUACUGGCUUUGGGCUAUCUAAAAUUAUUGACCCAGAAAAAUUUGAUAUUCUCACGACUAUAUGCGUUAAUCCUGCCUAUGUGGCACCUGAAGUUCUUAAGGAGCAUGAACAUAGCAAACCAGUAGAUAUGUGGGCUAUAGGUGUAAUUACUUACUUUUUAUUAUGCGGCAACACACCUUUUGGGGAUGGACGUGUAGAAGAAUUGACGGCUAUUAUUCAAGCAGAUUAUAAGUUCGAACCUCAGGAAUGCUGGGAAAAAAUUUCUGAAAGAGCAAAAGAUUUUAUUAGCAAAUUAUUAAAUAUUGAUCCCAACAGUCGUCUGACUGCUGAUCAAGCGCUUAAUCAUUCCUGGUUUUAUGAACCUUUACCUAAUCAAAUUAGUGAUCAGACUUGUCGAUUUAAUUCUCGUAAAAUUUUCAAAAAGGCUGUCAAUACCAUAAGAGUAAUUAACGAUCUUUCUCGUACAAAUAGUUCUAAUAUUGUUAAUUUAAUAGAAGAGUCUAGAAAAGAUGCUGAUGAAGAUAUUGCUGAAAUAUUUUAUAUUGAAGAAUAA